UUGGUGGCGCUGUAGAGCUGCGAUUUGUUUGUUGUUUCCGAAUACMAGUCAAGAUGUCUGACAUGGAAGAUGAUUUCAUGUGCGACGAUGAAGAAGAUUAUGAUCUGGAAUAUUCCGAGGACAGUAACUCAGAGCCAAAUGUCGACUUGGAGAACCAGUACUACAACUCCAAAGCCUGAAGGAAGAUGACCCCACAGCAGCUCUCAAACAGCUUUCAGAAGGUAUUGGAGCUGGAGGGAGAGAAGGGAGAAUGGGGGUUCAAAGCCCUAAAACAGAUGAUCAAAAUCAACUUCAAGCUAACCAACUUCCCAGAGAUGAUGUCUCGGUACAAGCAGCUGUUGACGUACAUCAGGAGCGCUGUGACCAGAAACUACUCAGAGAAGUCCAUCAACUCCAUCCUAGACUACAUCUCCACCUCCAAACAGAUGGACCUGCUGCAGGAGUUUUAUGAAACGACGCUGGACGCUCUGAAGAUGCCAAGAACGACAGACUCUGGUUCAAAACCAACACAAAGGUAGGGUGUGUCCAAAUAA